AUGGAUACCCUUCAGAAGAUGAUCCGAGGAAAAUUUAGGCAUCUCCCAGUUGUUGAAAAUGGAGAAGUUAUUGCAUCAUUGGAUAUUGAAAACUGCCUCUAUGAUGUUAUAUCUGGAAUUGAAAAAACUGUGGAACGCGAAUCGGAAAAUAAUUUGACUUCACCUUCUACUUUUGUGGAGACGCUAAGUGACCAAAAGUUCCAGUCCUCUUUGUCAACCAUCAUUACCGAAAAUUCCAAGGUCGCAAUUGUUAUGGCAUCAGAUCCAGUUUAUGUUGCUGCUAAAAGGAUGAAGGAAUUGCAUGUUGGUUCUGUUAUAAUUAUGGCUGGAAACAUUAUUCAGGGCAUAUUAACUUCAAAGGAUCUACUCAUGCGAGUUGUGGCACAAAAUCUUCCUCCUGAGUUGACAUUUGUUGAAAAGGUUAUGACACCAAAUCCAAAAUGUGCAACGGUGGACACAACGAUUCUUGAGGCACUACAUAUAAUGCAUGAUGGGAAAUUCUUACAUCUUCCUGUUAUAGACAAAGAUGGAAGCGUUGUAGCAUGUCUGGAUGUCCUCCAGAUAACUCAUGUGGCUAUUUCGAUGGGCUCCAGUAUUCAUCCACCACCUAGCCUAUCUGAUGUAGGUUCUUCAACUUCUCCUAACCAAAGGCGGCAGAGGUCCCCUACGAAUCAUGUAGGUUAUUCAAAUGCAGGUGGCGAGAGGAUGGUGAAAAAGUUUAGGUUGUCAAAGGUCCUCACAAUGCCGGAUGAAACCCCUGUGUUAGAUGUUUGUAGGAGAAUGGCAGCUCGUCGUGUUAAUGUCGCGAUAUUUACAGAUGCUAAUAGUUUGCUUUGCGGAAUAGUCACCGGAAAGGAUAUAGCGACUAGAGUUGUUGCAGAAAAACUAAGCCCACACCAAACAAUAGUAUCAAAAGUUAUGACAAAAUAUCCUAUUUUUGUCUCUUCUGAUUCUUUGGCAAUGGAUACCCUUCAGAAGAUGAUCCAAGGAAAAUUUAGGCAUCUCCCAGUUGUUGAAAAUGGUGAAGUUAUUGGAUCAUUGGAUAUUAAAAAGUGCCUCUAUGAUGUUAUAUCUGGAAUUGAAAAAACUGUGGAACGCGAAUCGGGAAAUAAUUUGACCGCACCUUCUACUUUUGUGGAGACGCUAAGUAACCAAAAGUUCCGGUCCUCUUUGUCAACCAUCAUUACCGAAAAUUCCAAGGUCGCAAUUGUUAUGGCAUCAGAUCCAGUUUAUGCUGCUGCUAAAAGGAUGAAGGAAUUGCAAGUUAGUUCUGUUAUAAUUAUGGCUGGAAACAUUAUUCAGGGCAUAUUAACUUCAAAGGAUCUACUCAUGCGAGUUGUGGCACAAAAUCUUCCUCCUGAGUUGACAUUUGUUGGAAAGGUUAUGACGCCAAAUCCAACAUGUGCAACGGUGGACACAACGAUUCUUGAAGCACUACAUAUAAUGCAUGAUGAGAAAUUCUUACAUCUUCCUGUUUUAGACAAAGAUGGAAGCGUUGUAGCAUGUCUGGAUGUCUUCCAGAUAACUCAUGUGGCUAUUUCGAUGGGGGUGUUUGAUUGGUAG